UCAAAAUUUCUCAAUUCCACACCCCUUAGAUGAACGACACCAAGGCUUCUCAUCAAAACAGUCAAUCAUCGUCUCCACCAAUACCAGGACUUUGCAGUCACCCCUCCAUUGCUUAGCUCUGAUCCCAUCCCCAAGUGGUCUUUUUUCACGUGGUUCAUCUUCUUCUACCAAACUCUUCUUCCAUUUCACUCCACACCCACAUCCCAAAACGUCAAAUUUCCACAACCCAAACACCCAAAAGCGACAAUCAUUCUAGCCAUGGCUUCCGAUUCUCCAGUCGCAAUCCAAGAAGACGACCCAACAAAAGCCACGACAGCUCUUCUCUCCUUCAACACAGACUCUUCUUCCUCAAAAUCCCCUCGCAAACUCACCACAACAAUCGUCUUCAUCUCCCUCGUCCUCCUCUCCUGCAUUGCACUCUCCGCCGCCGUCGCCUUCGCCUUCCUCUUCUUCUCCGCCCCCAAAACGACAAUCCAUUCCUCGUCGUUUUAUUCUCGCCCCCUAAAAAAGCUCAACCACCCGGUGGUUCUCCUGAUCUCUUCAGACGGCUUCCGGUUUGGGUACCAAUACAAGACCUCUCUGCCGAAUAUCAACCGUCUGAUCGCCAACGGGACCGAAGCUGAACUGGGUCUGAUCCCGGUUUUCCCAACCUUAACUUUCCCGAAUCACUACUCCAUAGUCACCGGUCUUUACCCUCCUUAUCACGGCAUAAUCAACAACCAUUUUGUUGAUCCGCACACCGGCGAGUCCUUCACCAUGAAGAGUCACGAGCCCAAGUGGUGGCUCGGCGAGCCGUUGUGGGAGACCGUGGUCAACCAUGGCUUGAAAGCGGCGACCUAUUUCUGGCCCGGUUCCGAGGUAAACAAAGGCUCUUGGACUUGUCCUAAAGGUUAUUGUAGAAAUUAUAAUGAGUCUGUGCCGUUUGAGGAAAGAGUUGAAAUUGUUUUGGAGUACUUUGAUUUGCCUAGUGAUGAGAUUCCUGUUUUCAUUACUCUUUAUUUUGAGGACCCUGAUCAUCAGGGGCAUCAAGUGGGGCCCGAUGAUCCUGAAAUCACUGAGGCUGUGAAGAGGAUUGAUGGUCUGAUUGGGAGGCUGAUUGAGGGUCUGGAGAAGAGAGGUGUUUUUCAGGAUGUUAGUGUGAUUUUGUUGGGGGAUCAUGGGAUGGUUGGGACUUGUGAUAAGAAGUUGUUUUUUCUGGAUGAUUUGGCUCCUUGGAUUGAGAUUCCAAGUGAUUGGGUGCAAUCUUAUACUCCGUUGCUCGCAAUCCGCCCGAAGGGUGUUGACCCGAAGGACGUUGUUGCGAAAAUGAAUGCGGGGUUGGAGUCGGGGAAGGUUGAGAAUGGGAAGCAUUUGAGAGUUUACCUUAAGGAGGACCUUCCUAGUAGGCUGCAUUAUGCUGCGAGUGAUCGAAUCCCGCCUAUAAUUGGGUUACUUGAAGAAGGGUUCAAGGUUGAACAAAAGAGAACCGAGAAGAAAGAGUGCGGCGGAGCACACGGUUAUGAUAAUGAUUUCUUUUCCAUGAGAACCAUAUUUAUUGCUCAUGGCCCUCAGUUUGCAAGAGGGAGAAAGAUCCCGUCUUUCGAAAACGUGCAGAUUUACAACUUGGUCACCACAAUUCUCAACAUAAAGGGUGCACCCAACAAUGGAUCUUUAUCAUUUCCUAGUUCUGUUCUUUUGGCUAGCCCUUGAUAUUUGUUAUUUAGCAACAAGGUGUUUCUGGAUUCUGGAAUGGAAUCAGCAUCCCAAAUUUUUUAACUGUUGCUCGCCGUGUGUGAUCAUGUGCAAUGAGGUCAUCAUACUCAUGAACAUGAAGAUGGUGAUGCUUUUGCUUUGCAGAUAGGUAAGAGUAUUGGCUUGGUCUUAGAAUCCCGUGAUUUAGCCUUGACGAGAACUCAAUUUCCACUCCAAGAACUGUCCCAUUAUCUCUGUAAUUGAUUAAAGUGGACACCAAAAUGCUUUGAAAAAUAUAUCAUAAGGCAGAACAAUAUUGCUGUUUCCAAUCUUGACAUUGUAUUAAAUGUAUCAAUUGUGUGACUUUAGUGCAUGACUAAAUCAGCAUCUUUGGAACUGAAGUUAUUAACUGCUUUUAUGACAUUAAGUCAAAGGUUCUAUUACUAGAUCAAGCAUUGUACAUAUGUCUAAUGUUUUCCCCUAAUUUC